AUGACCACUACCGAAAAGUCGAUUCGCGCAGCCUUCCCUGAUCUCGAAUGGCACAAACUCACCCCUCCAACUGACCAUCCGACUUUCACCUACUACGGCUUCCAACCGAGCAAGGCCAUUCUUCCCAAGGGUCAUGUUCGAUCUCCGGGGUUCCGAUCACUGCCUACAGACAUGAUCUACGGCCGAGACGUGGCGAUCACCCUUCGUGACGGCAUCAAGAUCUACGCGGAUAUCUUCCGGCCCGUCGACUCGGACGAUGUCCCCGUUCCAGCGAUCAUGCCCUGGAGCCCCUACGGCAAGACCGGCACCGGCCCCCAGAGCUACGACAUCAUGGCCCCGUUCCGCGCCGGUCUCGAGAAGGGACGCACAUCCGGCUACGAGAAGUUCGAGGGGCCCGACCCCGCGGAAUGGACCGCGCGUGGCUACGCGGUCGUCAACGUGGACGCCCGCGGGUGCGGCGACUCGGAGGGCAAUAUCGCGUUCUGGGGCCAGCAGGAGGCCGAGGACAUCUGGGAUGCGAUCGACUGGCUGGCGCGGCAGCCGUGGUGCUCCGGCUCGGUCGGCAUGGCCGGCAAUUCGUGGCUGUCCAUCGCGCAGGUCAACUUCGCCUCGCGGCUCGCGCACCCGGCCCUCAAGGCUCUCGCGCCGUGGGAGGGGCUCACGGAUCUCUACCGGGAUCUGGUGUUCCGUGGGGGGCGGCCGCACAACGAGCGGUUCCACGCCAUGAUCCUCACGGGCUUCGCCGGCCACGGGGCCGCGGAGAACAUGCCCGCCAUGAUCCGCAAGCGGCCCUUCUACGAUGACUACUGGCAGAGCAAGCGCAUCCACCCGGAACGGAUCGGCGACGUGCCGCUGUAUGUUCUGGCCUCGUAUUCGUCCAUGCUGCAUACCCGUGGCUCCUUCGAGACGUUCCGUGCCGCCCAGAGCCCGCGCAAAUGGCUCCGUGUGCAUCCCUAUCAGGAAUGGUACGACCUCUAUCGUCCGGAGAUGGUCGAAGACCUGGCACGAUACUUUGAUCGGUAUCUCAAGGGCGUUGAGAAUGGCUGGGAGGAGAGUACCCCGCCAGUCAGACUCUCGCUGCUCGGGUUCGAAGAUAGUGUUGUGCAGACAAUUCGCGAACGGCCUGAGAAGGAGUACCCAUUAGCGCGGCAGGAACUGAAGAAGUUCUAUCUCAGGCCGGAGACCAUGACGUUGCAGCCACAGCAGCCAGUUGCCGUAUCAUCCGUCGCACAUGCAGGACACGACCUGAAAGCCAGCUCGGAUUUCGUUCUAUACUUUGACCAAUACACCGAACUCGCCGGAUACCCGCAGGUCCGUCUCUGGAUGUCCUGUCCAGACCACGAUGACCUGGACGUCGCGGUGCAAAUCCGCAAAAUCAACCGCGACGGCAAGCUCCUCGAGCAUCUCAAUUAUCCGUGUCCCGUGCCGGCGACGGAAGUCCCGAAUGUGAAUACCGUCAAAACCCUGGGCCCGUCGGGCUUCCUGCGCGCCUCGCACGCGGUCACUCGCGAUCAUGAUGAUGAAGCCCGAUCGACCGCGGAAGAGAUCAUGUACCGGCAUGAUCGACGGGAGCCGAUUGCCCCCGGGACCAUUGUACCAUUGGACAUCGGUCUCUGGCCGAUGGGCAUGGUCUUUGGGCCCGGGGAGGGCAUCGUGCUCCGUGUGUCGGGCCACGAUAUGUGUUUCCCGGAGGUGGACUUCAUGCGGCCGACGGAGCCGGACGAUGAGAAUCAAGGGGCCCAUGUGGUUUACGGGGGAGGCGAGUAUGCUUCGUAUCUGGUGUUGCCUUUUGUGUGA